AAAAAUAACUUAAGCUAAACAACAUUUAGUAUCUAAAAUUUAAUAUCCUCCAAGAAUCGUUUUUAUAGUGUACAUAUUUCACUAUAAAAGAGAUGGAUUCAGACCUGAGCGAAAUCCAGUCUGGUACGGUUGCACCAGAGCAGCAGCUUUCGAGUCUUUAAAUUGAAUUGAUCCGCAUUAAACCCGGUGAUUGAUCGGUGGCUCCCCGCCCUCCUCUCCUCACACGCGGCCCUGCUGGCUGCUCGCCCCCUCCCCCUCGCUGCCAUCAUUUUCCCAUCUCUUCCCUUCAACCAACAUGGCCGCGAAAUCUGAUGGUGCUCCUGCCUCUCCGCGAAACGAAAUCCCACCCGAGUGUCCCGCCCGGUCCGAACCGGCCCCGCCGGAGCGCCGCGUGGGCGAGCACCGCUACAGCCUGCAGGACUUCUGCUGGACCCUCUGCGUCCUGCUGGUGUUUUUCUCGGACGGGGCCUCAGACCUGUGGCUGGCUGCCGACUACUACCUGCGGAGGGAGUACUGGUGCUUCGCCUUGACUCUGGUCUUUGUGAUCGUCCCGUCCGUGGUCGUGCAGGUGUUGAGCUUUCGGUGGUUCGCCUAUGAUUUCACGGAGUCCGUGGAGAGCGGCACGGCGGCGGCGGCCGUGGUGGCGGCGGCGGCGGGCGCGGAGGGAGGCGACUUCAGCACCAAGGACAGCGGCGAGUGGGGCGCUGGCCGGGCCGCCGCGGUGCCGCCGGGGCCGACCGGCGGGGGCCGAGUCCGGGGCUGCUGCAGAGCCUUCAUGUGGGUCUUUCAAGCCCUCAUUCACAUUUUGCAGCUGGCGCAGGUCUGGAGGUACGUCCACGCCUUGUACCUGGGGGUGCAGAGCCGCUGGCAUGGCGACCCUGAGCGGCGCCACUACUACUGGCGGAUGAUGUUUGAGAGCGCGGACAUCAGCAUGCUGCGUCUGCUCGAGUCCUUCCUGAAGAGCGCUCCCCAGCUGGUGCUGCAGCUCAGCAUCAUGAUCCACACCAGUCAGGUUCUACCUCUUCAGGGGAUUUCUGCCUCCGCCUCGCUGCUGUCCCUCGCCUGGAUGAUCUCGUCCUACCAGAAAAUCCUGAGGGACUCGAGAGACGACAAGCUCCCCAUGACCUACAAGGCCGUGAUGGUCCAGAUCCUGUGGCACCUGUUCACCAUCGGUGCCCGGGCGCUGGCCUUCGCCCUCUUCGCCUCCGUGUUCCAGCUUUACUUUGGCAUCUUCAUCGUGGCGCACUGGUGCAUCAUGACCUUCUGGAUCAUCCAAGGCGAGACGGACUUCUGCAUGUCCAAGUGGGAGGAGAUCAUCUAUAACAUGAUGGUGGGCAUCGUGUAUAUUUUCUGCUGGUUCAGCGUCAGAGAGGGCCGCACGCGCUGCAGGCUGCUCAUCUACAGCCUGACGGUGUUCGUGGAGAACGUGGCGCUCACCGCCGCCUGGUUCGUGUACCGCGGCGCGACCGAGCGUCACGGCGGCCCGGACUUCUACGCCGUGGUCAUGGUGUGCAUUGUGGCCAGCAGCUACGCGCUUGGCACCUUUUUCAUGUUUGUGUAUUACUGCCUGCUGCACCCUGACGGCUCCAUGUCCGGGUGGGGCUACUUAGCGGAGAAGGAGGUUCCCGUGGAGGUCCUGGCGUCGCCGACCUCCAGCCUCCCGCCGGAUCUAGUCGGCAGCCCGCCGAGGACCCUCCAGAGAACUAAAGGCUUGGACAGGGAGCCUGGGGUGGACGGAGACGUGUUUAAGGUGCGCCCUCCGCGGGGCGCCAAGCUUCCUGUGCCUCACCUCAAACCCAGGACAGAGGGCCCCGUCAUCCGAAUAGACCUACCGAGAAAGAAAUACCCGGCAUGGGACGCUCAUUAUAUCGACCGACGGCUGCGUAAAACCAUCCUGGUGCUGGAGAGCGCAGCCCCGGUGACGCCGAGGAUUCAAUACCGCUGCCUGAGCACAGCCAAAGAAGUGAUGGAGUACGAAACCACCGUGUGAUGUGCCGGAGUUGCUGUGACUCAGCUGGACAUCCCGCCUUAAAGUGAAGAUGGCAGGAGGAACUGCUGUCAAUGCACAGUAUGUUUCAGCUCCGCGAUCUCCGCUUGGUCUCUGUGCUGGUGGGGGAAUGCGUCUUUAUGUUCUGCUAGAAAGAAAAGAAGGGUUUGAAAGAAAUUAUGUUGUGUAUAGGGCUGGGCGAUAUGUCUUUUUGAUCAUUCUUUGAACAUGUAAUUCAAAAAUUUAUACAUUUUUGAAUUAAAUAUGCACUCCUUGGGUGACGUCAGCGUGUCCAAGUCCGCCAUUUUGGUUCUUGUUUUAUUCGGAUUUUGGAAUCAGGUCAACUCUUCUGUAUAGAACUAAGACCAGCCCACAUUUACGAGAAUAAAUUGGUACUUUUCAAACACAACAAAACAAUUAAAAUGAGGAAUGUUGAGCAUCUUCGCAAGAAUAGGUUUUACUUAAUAGAAAAACUUAAUCUUAUAAACACAUCAGCAUCAAAUUAUUAUCAGCAGCAGGACUUUGAAAUAGAGAUGCAAUCAGUUACGCGACUUAUAAUUAAUUGUCGACUAAUUGUUUCAGAUGAUUAAUAAAGUUGGACCUUCUUUUAGCCUUGUAGUUUGACCUCCACCCAGAAGAGGCGCUGCUUGUCGUCCUCAGGCGGAGCCGUUGAUCCAGAAUCAAAGAUGGCGGCAUAGCAUAACAGGAAAGAGAAACGAUCCGAACAAAAUGAACUUUAUGCGGUUUUGUUUGGGAAUAUAAACACUCGAUAAGCUUUUUGAGUUUCACCUCGAUAAAUUUAGCUUAGCCUCAUCAACUUAUUUUAAGACGUUUCUUUCUGUUAAAAUUGUUUAUUUAUCUAACGUUGACUACAUUCUCGUAAUUAAACAAAAAUUCUCAUACUCUUAAUACUGCGUAUUGAUUAAAAAAAUUAUUUUCUAUCACUUGUCCUUUUUUUUAGAAUAGAAAGCGAGAAAAAAACGGAUUUGAUUUGAAAAUAUGGGAUAUUUCAUGUUUGAAGCCAUAUCGCCCAGCCCUAGUCAUGUACAGAAGGGGCGUACUUUGGUUUCUGUAUCAGUUCUCAGGUCAUGGAUGUGGCACAAAGAGGUGAGGAAGAAGCACAGGCAGACAGAGAAAUGUAAGGGAAACACCAACCUCUGCAGGGUGACAAGCCUUCAAGCACGCAGGGUUAUUUAUGGCAGCUACAACACCGCUGACUGAGUACUGAGGCUGAUCAAAAUCUAAUCCUGCAAACUACAGCACAGGUAGUUUUCUUGGUUAUUGUCAUUUUUCAGUAGCUUAGAGUCACGUUGCAAGAGAAAAGUGGAGUAAAAGGAACAAUUUGGGCUGAAUGUCAAAACUUUGGACUGCGUGAAUAUUUAUUAUAAGGCUUUUUACGCAUCUUCAUGCUGUUAGUAGGAUUUUCAACAUUCCUCUCGUUUUUUCUUUUAGUUAAAAUUGAAAGAAAAUUUGUUUACAAGCGGGCUGUUAUGUCGUUCAUUUCUCUUUCAAGUAUGAAAAUGCACUGAAAAGCAAAUUUGUUGUGACUUUUAUAAUUUUUUCAGGGCAUAAAUGUAAUGGACUUUCCAUUAAAAAAAAAAAAAGCAAAAGCUACAUGACAGAUAUUAUUUAACAUGUAAAUUAUUGUAUAAUGAAGAGGAAGUUUUAAGGACACCGGUGUUUGUUAUUGUUACUGUACUGAUACUUUCUGAAAGGAACUACCUUAAAAAUGUAGAAAAAAACAAACAGUUCCCAAUCCUAAAAUCCAAACAUGAAGGCUAUGAUAGUAGUGAUGGUAAAAACACAAGAUUUAGUCUUUCUUUGAAGACUAAAUCUGCUGUAAAUUUGAUUUACAGCAGACUUCCUGACAUUUUUUAAUAUUAAGAAACAAACUUCCAGAAUUCUCAGUAAUUUUAAACUCAUUUUAAAAACAUGAGUACUAAACAGUCAUAAAAAAAUGGAACCUGCAACAACCAGAGAUGGAUGGAUGAACGAACAGAUGGAUGUUGGAUGGAUGGAUGAACAGGUGGAUGGUUGGUUGGUUCAUAAUGUGUUUCAGAUCCUCUAAAUCUCUUUGUGUGUUUUAGUUUCCGCAGAUUGAACUGAACUGGAUCUUUUCCAGUUCACCAUCUGAUCUCAGUCUGAGCUUUUUAAACCCAAAGCUAAAGAAAACAUUUGUUUACACCCAACAGGUUCUGACCCAAACUCUUACCUGGGUUGUUGUCCUUUAGUGCAGAUAGAAAAUGGACAUUUCUGAAUUUUGUAUUUUCGCGGUGUGUAUUUGUUUGUGAGCUUCACAGACCAGCAAGAGUGAAAAUGAUGGGACUGAACAGGGGGAUUAUGGGUAAUUCAUCUGAAACUGUGUCACUGAGAUGCUAUGGUUCUCUUGUAUGAUCUUGGUUUGUUUUCCCAAAUGACUGAACAAAAUCCACUUCCCUCAGAGACUCUUUUUAAAAUGAUUUGUAUUUUUUUUUGCAUUUCCUGCUGUGGUUUCCUGGAAGCUGCUCAGGCUGUAGUUAUGGUGCUAAAGGUUUGAGUCCAUCAUGUGAGAACCAUAAAGUGAACCAUAAAAAGUGCUUGUUGUGGCAGGACCUGGUCAAGGCUGUACCUCAGAGAGCUGGAAUCAAAAAGCCUUAAGCUGGUUGUGCCAGACUGUUGCUGUUCUGAUAAAUAAAAUAAAAAAUUGAACAACAAGAAGGUGAUGACAAUUUCAUUGUGGUAUUGUUGCUCAAAUAAAGAGCAAUGUGUUUACCUGAGUUUCACUUUUCCUGGCUGAUUCAAACCAUAAACAUAUCACAACUCGGUUUAAAGUUAAUUAAAUUAUUUCAUCAACCUACCUUAAAAUAAU